GCAAAAAACAAAUCGGGGAGUGAGAGCCUGCCCAUGGAACGCAAGCGGCCGCUCUCCGUGCGCGCAAUCCUUCAGCAGCCCGGAGCGAAGAAGGUGGCCAAAGCCAAGCCAUCGGCGCCUCAGGUAGCUGGACUGCCGGCGCACAAUGCGCGGGAUGCAGGACUUAGAGUUGCGCGGGAAGAAAUCCGCGAGGACCAGCUCUGGCAGGAGAUGCGCCGCGCAGAGAAGCCCAAAGCCUGCGCCGCCUCCGCGGCGGCGAAGAGUCGCGCGGUGAAACGCAAAGCCCAGCCCAAAGCGAAGGGCACCCCGGCAUCGAGGCAGAAGCCGCCUCAGGAGCCGAUGUCAGACCUAUGGCUGGAGAUGCGCUCGGCAGAGGCCCACGCGCAGCUUCCGGCGUCAGCGGUUCGGCCAGAGCUGAAGCCAUCACGACAGUGGAGCGUGCGAAAUCUCACCCACGAGCAGGAGCUCUUUGAUAAAACCAGCGGGCUGCGAUCCAUGCGCCUGGAGCGACAAAAGCUGCUGGAGCAGGAGGCUGCAAGCGAGCACAGCCUCACUCAGCUGAGGCUCACCAAAGAGACGAGCCUCGCCGGCGGCGAGCCGGAAGGAGACUGGCAUUCCUGUCUAUGCGCUGCCGAAAGUGCUGUCAAGCAAUCGGCAGAGAUGAUUGAGGAGGCUUUGGAAGUGCAGCGGCAGCUGCAGCGAAACGCGGCGCAGCUGUUGCCGGGGCCGGAGCUCCUGCAGGGCAAAGAGGACGUCCAGGAGGCCCAUUCGGUGGUGCACCAGCUCAACCAGCAGCUGAAAGAUGCUAAGAGGAGGCAAGAGGCUGCUACGUGUGUGAUCAAGCUGCAAAAGCAGUUGGCCACUGACAUGAAGCACCAGAGAAGGAGGGUGGAGCGGCUGGAGCACCUCCGGCGUGAGAUCCAAGAUCUGGAGCGGCAGCCGCUGCUGCGAGAGCUCACAGAAGGCACCUCAGCGAGCGGAGUUCUGCCGCCGGUGGUGCUGCACAUCAAGCCCUCGAAGGAGCUGCUGACGGCGUUUCAGACGCAGCCGUUGCCCUUCAGGUCGGUGCUAGGCCUGCUAGAAGCCGAGUGGGCACUGCACUUCCCGCAAGAUGCCCUCACGCUGCCGUUGAUGCCUUUCAUGUCAGCCUUGCAGGCCCGUGCUCCCCAACGAGACCCGGUUCUGCUCUUGCUGGGCCGCGAGGGGACGAGCAGGUACUUCCAGGUCAAUCUUCCAACUGCAGAGGCGAUCAUGGCCUAUGCCCAACGACCGCCGGAUGCAGUGCCAAGCUGCAUCGAUUUGCUUCGCAGCCUGACUGGACUUGACCCUCAGGUGUUGGUGCACCGCAAGGCCCGGGAAGUGCUCAGCCGCACCUUGCAGUGCCAAACUGCGGACGCGCCGCCGCAGCUAAAGGGGGUGCUGCGGAAGUACCAAGCCCAGGGUUUCCAAUGGCUGGCCAGCAACGCGGAGAACGGGAUAGGCAGCUUGCUUGCCGAUGACAUGGGCCUCGGCAAGACGCUGCAGUGCGCAGCCGUGUUGGACCACCUGCACUCCAGAGGGCACAUCACGGCAGAGCAGCCGGCGCUGGUGGUGGUGCCUUUCUCGGUGCUGGGAAACUGGCAGAAGGAAUUACGGCAAUGGACACCCGCCCUGCGCUUUCAGAUCUACCACGGCAAAGGAAGGUCCCUGGAAGGUGGUGAGGUGCUGCUCACCACUUACAGCGUGCUCCAGCUGGACGUCGAAAAGCUGGCAGACAUGUGCUUCUCCGCCAUCGUUUUGGAUGAGAGCCAAAACAUCAAGAAUUCCCAGAGUCUCACAGCAAAGGCUGUGAAGAGGAUCGCCACGGCGAGCGGCAACCACUGCGCGCGCUUGGCCCUGUCAGGCACGCCCAUCGAGAACCGCCUGGGGGAGUUGCACUCGCUCUUCGAGUUCCUGAACCCCGGGUUUCUGGGGACCAAGGAGGGCUUCUUGGCGAACUUCGAACGACCAAUGAAGAAGGGUGAGGGCCACGCAGCGCUGGCGCGGCUGCACGCGGCGCUGCGGCCCUUCAUGUUGAGGCGGCUGAAGUGCGACAAAGCUAUCGCACCAGAGCUGCCUGAUAAGGUUGAGUUCGAGUACAGCGUGGAGAUGACUCAGGAGCAAUGCCAGCUCUACAUGUCUUGGUCGGAGCACCUGCUUCGGGGCGUCAGCAAGGGUCUGGCAACGCCGGCCCAGGACUUGGAAGACUUGGAGGAUGCUCCGAAGUCUUCGCCCAGUUUCAAUCGCCGCGCUGCUGUGCUGACGUUGCUGCACCGAUUGCAGCAGG